ACUGAAUGUAGGACACCACGUACAUUUGGCAUUAUGUGGGUGACAUUGACCAUUGUUUUUGUAUUACUUUGUUUGAUAUGGAGCCUGACUGGACGACCAAAAGGACUUCCGCCUGGUCCUACAUGUUACCCCAUCAUCGGCAAUGUCGGAAUCUUCAAACCGUCAGAGGGUUUGGAAGCUCACAGAAGACUGAGGAAAAUUUAUGGAGACAUCUAUACCAUAAUGAUUUUCCAUAAACCUAUCAUAUUUGUACAUGGAUUCAACGACAUUCGAGCGCUACUUGCUAAACAUGGGGAUAUCUUCUCUGAGCGACCAAGGUGUCUUGGCACUGAUCUUGCAGGAGGAAAUGGUGUGGUGUGGUCAUCGGGUCCUUUGUGGAAAGAAACAAGAUCGUUUGCACUGAUGACAUUACGAAAGUUUGGAUUUGGGAGACGGUGCAUGGAAAGCCAAAUCAUGGAAGAGGUAGACUGCUUGAUGGAGAAAUUGGGAAAAUGUGAAAACGAGGUUCUGGAUAUUAAAAAUGUACUGAAUGCAUCCACAGCUAACGUCAUUUGUUCGCUUUUAUUCGGUAGAAGAUUUGAUUAUGAUGAUACAAGAUUCAAGCGUUUAAUUGAUCUACUGUCGAAGUCAUUCAGCAGCGUCACUACAGCUUCACCUGUUUUUAUUUUUCCAUCUUUACGCAACAUCAGAAUCUUUUACAUUGACCCAGUUUUAGAAAAUGUUCAUGCUUUCAGAGCAUUUCUUGAUGAAAUAAUAGAGGAGCAUAGAAGAAGUUUUGACGAGAACCACAUCGAUGAUUUCAUUGAUGCUUUCCUUCUGGAACAAAAACAAAGAUCAAAUGAAAUCAACACUAUAUUUACAGCUGAAAAUCUGAACCAAACUUUACAAGACUUCUUUGGUGCUGGCACUGAGACUACUUCCACGACACUCAGAUGGGCACUACUUUUCUUGAUCCAUUAUCCGCAUUGGCAGAAAAAACUUCAGAAGGACAUUGAUGACGUAAUCGGUCAAGGUCAGCCUAAGAUGGAACACAGGAAACAGCUGCCAAUGGUAGAGGCCUUCAUUCUGGAGACUGUGCGAGUAGGAAAUACUUCUCCCUUAACUGCCCCACAUACAGGCAAGGAAGACCUCACGUACAAAGGGUAUCUCUUUCCUAAAGGUACCACUGUACUGUUUCUUUUGAAUUCCGCAUUGAUGGAUUCAGAAACAUAUCCUGAACCUUCAAAGUUUAAACCUGAACGGUUUUUAGAUGUCAGUGGGAGAUGUCGUGAAGACUUAAAAGACAAGUUGAUCACCUUUUCGUUAGGGCCCAGGGUGUGUUUAGGAGACGCCCUCGCCAAAAUGGAACUCUUCCUUUUUUUCGUCAGAUUUCUACAGAAGUUUGAGAUAAAAGCGGAGGAUCCGGAGUGUCUGCCUUCUUUAAAGGGAACUUUUGGGAUUACUCACACGCCGAAUGCCUUUAACCUGAGAUUUGUUAAACGUUAAACUGCAAUAGUGUAUGAGCUUUGACAUUAAUACGAGGGCUAUUUAAAAGUUCUAAGUAAUAAUAGUUUUAUGUUUUUGAUAAUUGAAAACAUCACAAAUUUUCGUAUUUUAUGUCACAAUGUAAUUUUUAACUC